AGCCAGACACAAACUUGUUGCCGUUGUUACUAACAUUACCAGUUGUAGCUGAAUAUUUGGAAACGUUAAACGUGUUUUUGUAUCCGAUGAAUGCAACUUCACCUAGUUUUGUGUGGUUUGUUUUGAUUUCGAUAUUUUGUUUUCAUUUGCGUACGCAAACAACGCCAACAGCAACUCAAUAAUCUUCCACCAGAAACAACAAAAGUAAAAGUAUUAAAGAAACCAUAAACAAUAAGUGUAAUGGAAAGCGAAAAAUAAUUAAUUCGAAUUAUACACGGAAAACGGAGUAAAAUAUUGAGGAAUAGUAGUGACUAAUACAACAACUGUACUACCCUGCUGCUUCAUAACAGACAAGAGAAUAAAAAAAAAACAAAAAAUUAAAAAAAUGUCUUACACCACAGAACAAACGUUAGCUUUUCUUUAUCCCCUCGUGAUUGUUUCCUCGAUCGUCUGCUGUGUCACCGCUGGUAUUGGUUGGUCCCAUUGGCGCUAUGUCUUAAACGCUUGCCCAGAAACCAAUUGCGGCUGCUAUUUACACGCUCGCUCCACCUACACCUCCUUCGAGGGGGGACAUAUAGCCUAUUGUCACUAUGCUACAUAUGGCUUGAUUUUGCCACUCUUGUUCUGUACCGUCUUGGGUAUAUAUCAUGUAUACCGAGUUUGUUUGGGCAAGGGCAAGAGGAAAACUGGAACCACGACUAUUAAGCAAAGAUCUGGUGAAGUGGUAGUUGUCACAACCGAAUCCGAAAUAACAGAUAACGGAAUAUCACCCUAUUAUUGGCUGCCAACUAGCAUUAUAGCAUCCAUUAUGGCUCUCUAUACAUUGGUGUAUGCAUCAGUUUAUACUGAUGGUUUUGAGGUAACAUGCAAACAAUAUCGCGAAGCCCUUUUAAAAGAAAUCCAGGGAGUGGGCAACAUUGUUCCUGUCAUUAAGGGUCGACUUUCCUGCUCGGCCAUAUUUGAUUUUAUGGAUUAUUUAGUUGAAAGCAUAUCCUACGAAAGACGUCGUUAUGGUCGCAUCAACAGUUCUGUUUGUUUCCACAUGACUUUAUUAUUUGCUUGGUUGGCCGUAUUUGGUUGGAUUGCAAUUGCUGCCAUCAAUAUUGUACAGACACGAAAAACGAAAGCGGCCCGAGUGUAGUUUUUGAUGGAAUACUUGCACAUGUUUAUUAAUACUUUAAGUGAUGCCAUUAUUUUGUACAAUCUAUUUUAUUUUUAUUAAACGAUUAACAAACAGUAUAUAAGAUUACUUUUAAAUAUUAACGAAACAUUUGAAUAAAUAAAGUUCUUAUAUAAAAUAACAAUGUAUUUCGUAUAUAAAAACAUGAUACAUCAUAGACAUGGGAGGACAUGUUUGCCAUCUCUGAAGCAGUUAAUUUAAAAUUCUUAAUAACAAGUGCAAUAAGAUAUCUUAUAUAUUUAAUAUUUUGUUACUUUUUUAAUUUAAAACAAUAUAGCGCUUCUAAAAUGGUUCUUAUUUGUUGCAUACCAAAACUCAAAAAUUUCCUUUCAACGAAAAUAACAUUUGGAUAUAUUUUAUCACGAUGAUUCGUCGCUUAUUUAACAUUGUAAAACUCAAAAAAUCUAAAUUGUUAUGGUUUAUUUUGUAUGGGAAAUUAUGUAGAAAAGAAAUCGGGUACAAUGCGAACUUGGUAUUAGAUAUAGAUAAUUUAAAACUUUGAAAAAAGUUUGAAGCAUACUUUUAGGCUUUAAUUAAAAUUAUAGAUAUUAUAUUAUAUAUUUGGUGUAAUGUGUCACAUUAGUAGA